CGUAAAUAAUAACAUCAAACAGAGCAAGUAGCUGGCUGUUUGGGUUUAACCCCCUUUGCUACCGCCAACCGAUUUACAGAAAAAAAAAAAAAAAAAAAAUAUGGGAGCAGGAGAAGGAAGGAUAUCAUUGGAUGGAGUGCGAGAUAAAAAUCUAAUGCAAUUAAAAAAACUUAAUUCCGUUUUAUUCCCUGUUCGUUACAAUGAUAAUUAUUAUCAUGAUGCCCUCUCUUCCAAUGAUUUUACCAAACUUGCAUAUUACAAUGACAUUUGUGUUGGUUCAAUUGCCUGCCGAAUUGAGAGGAAAGAAGGCGGGGCUGUUCGUGCAUACAUAAUGACACUAGGUGUUUUGGCACCUUACCGUGGACUGGGUAUUGGUACAAAGCUAUUAAAUCAUGUCAUCGAUCUAAGUAGCAAGCAAAACAUUGGUGAAAUUUACUUGCACGUGCAGACAAACAAUGAAGAUGCCAUAAGCUUUUACAAGAAAUUCGGGUUUGAAAUCACUGAAACAAUCCAAAACUACUACACACAUAUUACCCCACCAGACUGCUUCGUGGUUACAAAGUACAUUGCUCAGCCUCAAUCCAAGAAAUAAAUGGAUUCACUAGUAAGAUCGAGAACCAGAGACCUGGAGUUAAGAUUGUGCCAAUUGGACACUGGUUAUUGUUAUAAGAUUUGUAUGGUAUAUGGCGUUAAUUAUUGAUAUCCACUUUGUUUUGCUUGCUAGGCUCAUUUUGUUCUUGAUCUUCUUUGCUAAGACUAAUUUAUCAUCUGUAAGAAUGAUAAAUUGUUAAAAUUUAAGGCAGAAUUGGAUUUAGGAAACGUUGUGAAAUUGAUUGUUGCACCAUGAAGUUGCAGUAAGAAGGUUAAAUGACUUUCUAAUAGAAGUUCUUCCAAGUUCAGAAUA